AUGUCCUCUUCCAAAUCCGAGUACAAGCAUAGUUCUGACAUUGGGUCUUGCGCCACCGCAGUUCCGGAAACUGUUAUGGCAGAGCAGGUUGCCAACGAUGUGGUAAAGGAAGCACAGUCGGUGGGACGUUCGGCGCCCAUCGACGAAUCUGCAUCAACUACCAACGACCCCGCCGUUAAUGGCGACCCGCCCUCGGGCACAGCGACCACCAAACCCACUCCGUCCGAAGCGCCCUCCACCAAACCCACUGCGAACGGCAUAGAUAUAGCCUCGGCUGGUAGUGUACACGUGUCGCAGAAGACCCAAGGACAAGCGACAGCUUGGCAGGCCGACAACAAGCAGUCAGGCGCGUCACAGCAUGAGACUAGACAGCCCCACCUUACGGUGGGAUCCAGCGAACUCUCGGUGUCCGACUCACAGGCUCUGGCUGACGCAAGCGGUGGUUCGGAUACAGACAUUAGCCGUCCUGGUAGCGUUGAUCAGUCGAAGCGGGAUGGAAGUCAUGUACGGACCAGCUCAGCAGCGAAGAAGCAGCCCUUCAAGUCGGUAUCUGUGACAAAGAGCUUUCUGGCGAAAACGGUUACAUCGACUCCCGCUGCGCGACCGGGCGAUAAAGCGACUCCUACUGCAUCCCUCAAGACUUCCAACGUGCUUUCGGCAAAACCUCGCCUCGUCGCGAAAUCAGGUACUGGCAACACCCCACGUACGCUCGGACAGGCCAACGGCGCGGGCGCAGGCCCAGAUGCGAGCAAAGUCUGGAAUAAGAACCAGCCAGUACCUCCACCUCCACCGAAGCAAUUCACCGACGAAGAGCUGAAACAGCAGUACGGAAUCCACCUUGCGACACGUUUACAGGCAGAUGAGGCAGGCAAAGAAGCCAAGUGGGCAGAUAUCGACGAUGACGAAGAUGACUGGGCUCCGGAAACUGUGCAGUGGAUGGACGGGACAAAAUCUUCAGUUGCAGUACAGCCAGAAACCCCAGUAGUGCCCGCCGAGGAGCCAAAGACGAUACUCAAGCCUGAAGUACCCGCCGAGACACCGAAACCUUCAACAUCUCCUGCCCCAACUGCGAAUCCACCCAAGCCUAGCGUUACUGGCGGUAACAAGACCAUUUUGAAACCUGGAGCACAUGCACAACCUACCGGAAAAUCGAGUCUCGUCCUCAAAGGCCAGCCAGAGAAGCCGACAUUGGUAGCCAAACCAUCGGCGACUGAGAAGAAAUCACCAUGGGCGCCGUUGCCUCCGAUCGAGAAAGUAUCCCCUGCGCAGAUCAAUCCUCCCCCCGCACACCAACUCCCUCCGCGUUACUCGCAGCGAGAAUCCCAUGGUUACGAUAGUAUGCCCCCGCAACCUACCAAGGAAAUCGCUCCCGACGACUUCAAUCGCUCAUGGCGAAAUGAUAACGGUGGACGCGAUGCCCGAGAUGGGAGGGAGCUUUUCAACUCGCAAAGCGGUCGAUAUGAACCUGUUCACAAUGAUGCACGGAGAAGUGGUGGACGUGAUAGUAACUUCCGACAGCAGCCUUCGGUGCUGCAGAGACCCGCUCAGGACGGCCCAGCGGAACCGUCAGCUGCGUUCCAGACAUCGAGAGCAAGUGCGGACGGCCCUGCAUGGGGUAGGCGAAGGAACUCUUCAAACGUUAGUGGGGGUAUACCUAGACGCAUGUCGAUAGAUCCACGAGCACCAGACAUGCCCACCGGUCCUAUGCACAUGGAACGUCGCGAAUCGCAUUCCAUCAACGGUUACGACCAUGCCGAGUCUGUGGCUUCUCGCAAUUCGCCUUUCCAACAGAUGAGGUCCCCGAACGUUGCACAUGCACACCCCGCUUCGCCUUAUGGCUCCGUCACUUCACCUGCCAUGCAAGAUGCACCGGCGCCAGUACAGGCGCCGCCUGUGGAGAACCCUGUUGAGGUACAGAAACGCCUCAUGGCUGAGAAGAUUGAGCGCGCUCGUCUUAAGAAGCAACAAGAUCAGGAGGCAGAGAAGCGAGCUGAGGCAGAGAGGAAAGAGCGCAUUGCGAAGAAACUUGCUGCUAUGGGUCCGCCUGAAUCGAAGCCCAAGGCCAAGGAGCAGUCUCCCUCUCGGCCUGAGAAGCCGGUGCAGAAGGAGAAAACGGCGGCAACUUCUGUGCAAUCACCGCCAAAACCACCUAUCCCGACCACGGACGGUGAGGUUACUCAAUAUGGCAUGAUGAAGGUGCACCAGCCACACCCAGUGAAGAAGUCGCCCCAAACAGAGCACGCCCGACCAGGCCAGCAGGUGCCUUCUGCACCCGCGCCCUCAUUGGAGCAGCAGCCUGCGCAGCCGUUUGGCUCGCUUGCUCGUGAUGGUGAAAAGUCCAGGUUGACUGUUCACUCUGACGCCACUGCACAUCAAACAGACGGGGCUGUCCCUUCUGGGCCUAGGCCUCAGGGUCCACCAGCUACUUGGGCGCCUGCAACAGCACCUCAACCUCGACCUUGGACCUCGCAAGUUUGGGGACCGCCGCAAGCGAAAGAUCGAGCCCUGGGCAACGGUACCUUUGACUCUGGUUAUCGAGGCCAGUCUCGUCCUGGAGCCCAGCCGCCACUUCCUGUUCAAGCACCUGCAACAGCUCCGAUUGGGACAGCUAUCCCUCCCCAGAGUCUUACACCACAGUCAACCCGACAGAUGCCUGCCUCACAGCCAAUGUUCCAGCAGCGAACUCCGCAUGCACAGCCCCCUCCACCUUCAAGGUCGGGCAGGGUUGUCAAGCCCAUCACUGGCGGCGGCUGGGAUACUUUCAGUGAUCUGAUCCUCAAGGAUGACCAGGAGGCUUUGGCGAGAAGCAGGCAGGAGCGAGAACGUCAGGGUGAGGGUUUCCGCCCCGAGCUGCGAGAGACCUACAAGGAUCAGCGGGGCCAAGCACAGGUUACGUUGCACGACAAAGUUGUUCCUGACGCUGCUCUUGUCGACAGCCUAAAGAAGGACGAUGCUCCCAAACCUGUCAAUGAAGGCCAAUCGCCGCAACAAGUCCUUGGUCAAGGUACCCUCCAGCAAGCCACUGGCUCUCGUGCAUCCCGAUUCUUCCCUCGACCCACCGAGUCAUCCCUAGACGCAAUGUCAUCUUCAGCCAUGCAUACUUCAAACAAGGCCGACUCUCCUCCACCUCCACCGGAGACAGAAACGCACCCCGCCUUCAGUAGCGAUGCGGGACAUCCAUUGGUCAGAUUACCGAAGCCUUCCCCUGUUGUACGUCUACCUCCAUCGGCGUCAGGCACGGGCCCAUCCCCUACUGCCCAGGUAACUAUGCCAUCGCGCGGACAGGCUCUGGGUGCUCGGCCCCUCGCAAUGAACCCGGAAUGGCAGGCUAGGUUUAACAAGCUUCUCGACAAACCCGGGUCUACUCGUCCAGCGUCUAACCCUGCCAACCCACCAUUGCCUCCAGCCAUUCCGCAGCAAGGCGCUGUCGCUCCAGCUGCACUGUCAAAGGCUUCACUUGAUGUUCGCGGGAGCACAGGGCCUGCCACCGUAUCUCUCCCCACUGCUCCACAGAGGAACCCCUUCUCAAACGACCGCGGUAGCGAGGUGAUUACUCGCAAAGGCGCUGAGGCCCUAUUUGAAGAUCGGGAGUUUGGCUCGUUACCCACGGUGAAACUGUCCAAGGUCUCUCAUCUUGCGGCGGACCAGCCGCCAAAGGCUGCCCCUAAAGAUGAACAGUAUCCCAAGUUUAAGAAGUUCGAGAACCCGUUCACGAUUCGCCGACUUGAAGCUUUUGACAUUGAGAAGACUGCCCAAUACAAGGGUAAGUUUGACGUAGUCAUACGGAUUGCCAAUAUGCGAGAGCCCGUGACAAAGUCUGUUCAGAGGAAGCACUACGGCCCCAAGCUCAACCGACAGGCUAAGCCCAAGCCUUCCGGCAGCCCGAAUGCAGCGUUUUCCAAUGCGGCCAAGGAUCGCCCGCGGGCGAAAUCGUGGUCUAGCAACAGCAACACCCGUACACCGUCAACCCAUCAGCCCACGACAUGGGCAAAACUUGCAGCGGCCUAA